UGAGUUUUGCCUUUGCUUCAAAUAUUUAAUUUAAGAAGUCAACAUUUUGUCAAUUUUUGCUUCCGGUAUUUAAUCUACUACAAAGUUUUCAAAUAAAAUGUUUUGAAAUUUAAAAAAGUCUCUCGAAUAUUUAUAAAAUGAAUGCUUUAAAAAAGUUAUUUGUCCCUAUAGUAAAAGUACAACACCAGCUUACUAGAAAUACUUUUGUUUCACAAAUAAGAAAUGUCAAUUAUAUUUCUAAAGCAAUGCCUCCUUUAGAAGAAGAAGGUCGAGAGCGCCCUGAGAAGUCUAAAUGGCUUGCUCAUAAUGAUAAGAUUUAUCCUCCUCAAACACCUGAUGAAGAAAGGAGACCAGCAUUUGUCUGCCAUGUGAAGAAAGACAUUAAAUAUUCUCCAAAGAAGAUGUGGUAUAUAGCUUGUUUUGUUCGAGGAAUGUCUGUGGAUGAAGCUCUAAUACAGUUGAAUUAUGUACCGAAAAAGGGUGUUAUAGCAGUUCGACAAGCCAUAUUAGAAGCCCAAGAACUUGCUGUUGAAAAUCAUAAUGUUGAGUAUAAAAGCAAUUUGUGGAUUGCUGAAUCUUUUGUGAACAAAGGAAAUUACAUAAAAGGCAUUAGGAGACAUGCUAGAGGUCGAGUAGGUGAAGUAGAGUACAAAUAUUGCAAUUAUUAUAUCAGACUUGAAGAAGGGCAACCUCCUGCUAACUAUUAUAAUAAACCUGUUAUGGACAAAGAAAUACUUUUAUCAAAAUGGAUUGAACAAAUGAGAAAUAGGAAAGUUAUUAGCUCAUUGUAGUAUUAAAUAUAAUAAAACUUAUUUGAUUAUUUAA